AUGACUCGUCAAACACAUAGCCCCUCAACAAAGAUGACCCAAACAGUCCCCCUAAACGAAGGGGAGAAAACUGCAAACAUAGAGGAGAAUGCGAGUAAUCGCAAGGAAGACUUACGUACUAGAGAAGAGCGUGUGAGAGAGACUGAUAGAAUCAGUGACUAUCCGCGGUGCGACAGUGACACGAUGCCAGAGACAGAUUCUGAAUAUACAUGUGAAGAUAGUUCUCGAAGUCUGGUGCAAAAUAACUCCGAAAAAUGCCUCAUCCCUCAGCCAAAAAAGAGAAGAUUAAAGUACGAUGUGAAGCAUCAAUGGCACAAGUUUCUGUACCGCCUUGGCAGUUUGAUCGAAAGGCAGUCCUCGUUUUCUGUAUUCUUCAUAUUCUCAUUCCUAAUCGGGCUCGUCGCAAUAACGUACUGUGAGAAUGACGAAUUGAUAGUCUACUCGAGGCAACAAAAAGUUAACCCAGGGGUCAACGCAACGUGGGGUAAUUUUAUGCUGAAUGUGAUGACACAUGCGGACGAUUCGAGAGAAGGCAUUACAAAGUCGGCACUUUUACAUCAUCAAGCCGUGGUUCAAGCUGUUCUUGCUACAUCUGUUUCCUUUUUUGAAAGAACAUGGACAAUCGAGAGCCUCUGUCACAAAGCAACUGGUUUCAAAUUGAGCGAAGACAUUGAACUCACAACGAAGCUGGAUACCGAAUUUUCCCAGUUUUUUCAGAACGAUUUGGCUCCAUGCAUUGUCGACACGCCCCUCAAUUGUUUCAGUGAAGGCGAAGAUCUUUUGAUAUACAACAGAGAAAAAUAUUGCCUUGGCACCGAUGGAAAAUUUUCUUGGGCUGAUGACACUCCUUGUGGAUACUCCUCAUUAUCAGGCCUCUCUGACUUCUCGAGAAAGAUUUCUAUCGACGAGUAUUUCGAAGAUAACGAUUCGCUCUUGACAUCUCGUAGAAUCUCAUCGUCAAGUUCAUGCAAUAGCGUUGGAAUCUCUCAUUCAACGGAAAGAACUAUCAACGAUCAAGGAUACCUGCAAACAACUAUUAACCUCAUGGCGGCAAACUCUCUCUACGACUUCUACUCAAACACGCUCAGCAAUCAGCCCUUGAAGAGAAAUUCCGCAGGACGACAAGUUUUCUGGACGCCCGAACUCGCUGCAGAACUUUUGGAAACUUUCCUCAACAAUGUAGAAAAUGUGGUUGAAUCUCACGAAAAUGCGUUUUUCUACUGUCCAAACUUCGUCCAGCUCGAAAAUCUGAAUAUCAAAGAAAGCUUUUUGGCGGUGACCCCAUAUUUGAUGGUUUCAACCGGGAUUGUCUACUUUAUCGUCGCUGUUUCCGGGCUAAGUCACCCUCUUCUGUUAAGCGCUAUUUUCGCCAUUUCGAAUUUCUUUGUUUUUGGAUCUUUUACAACAGGGUGGUCCUCCAUCAUCAUCAACUACGCGCUUUCUGCGAAAACUCACGCUGAGGCGAAAUUGGACCCAUUUAUCUCGCAUGUUGGUGGUCCGCUUCUUCAAUCUAUCGCAGGUGGUCUCAUCCUAGGAGUCGUUGCGACAUUUGGUCACCUGUAUCGAGCUAAAAAUACCACUUCUAUGGGAGAAAUCUUCAUCCACACCUUUCCAACCAUCGUUUUAUCGAUGUCCUCUCUUUUCGGGCUUGGAUUAGUUUACUGGACGAAAACUAACACGACGCUCGAGCAUUUUGGAAGUGAAUUCUUGAUCAUGUCGAUUUUCUUCAUGUUCUUCAUCAUUUGCAUCGUCCCGAAAGUCUUCGAGGUCCACCGCCUCUCGAAAUACAUGUCCAAUCGAACCAGAGAAAUAAUGCUGCCACACAGGGCGAAAUUCUACUGCACGCUAUUAUGGGCGGCGGUGAGAGUGGUCCUUGCUGUUUCGAUAACGAUCCUGGCUGCAGUCGGUCUGGCGCUUCGAUUCGACAUCUCUGUCCGCAAUUUCGAUUUCAUUCCGAAGACAUCUCACAAUUAUGUUGCGGCGCGUAUCCAAGAAACGUACUUUCCGGUCCAUAAAACGAUGCUGGAACUCGAUGUCAACGAAACGACCGAUUUACACGAUGAAUUGGCGAAUGCUCAUCGAAUCGCUUCAUCAAGUCAGUUCCAUCAAUCAAUGUCGAUCGACAAAGAGUUCUGGUUUUACAACUUCAAGACCUGGGUCGACGAAAAGGUCCGCGUUGAAGACGUGACGGAAUGGGAAUGCAGAGCUGCAGUCAACCGUCUAAGAAAGAAAGAUGUCCGUCGAGAUUUGAAAGCAUCAGAUAUUACUGAGUCCAUUGAGAGAAUUCUAAUCUACGCUAUCAACAAAACUGGAAGAAGGGAGAAGACGUUCGAUCGCCAAUCUGGAGAGUACGAGACGCUUUUGGCAACCUGGAUUUAUCUGAACCGCGCCGAAUUGAGAUUGAAAACAGAGUUUGAAAUAUUUGGCUGGAUUCCGUCUUACUCCGAAAUCAUCAGCAAGAAGAAAAACACAAUGAUGCCGCUUGAAAAGUUAAAGAACUGCCCUACCACUGCUCUCAAUAAAAUGCUCGACUACAGGCCGUUUCAAAGAAAUGCGAAGAAAAUGCUCAAACUGCCUGUGCGAUUAGUUGUUAACGAUUUUGGCUUGAAAAUGGAUGACUUUAAAGAUUUCCAAGAAAGAAUCUCUAUCGAAAUGAAGCACGCAAAACUCACUGGAGCAGAAAUCGACGCGCUCGGAUAUCUACAGAACGUGACCGAUCCAUCUACUAUCGCCGCCUAUGCCGGCUUCGUCAUUCUUGGCGUGUUUUUAGGUGGUCUUAUACAUGCAGAUAUGAUGUUCUCGUUUCUAUCGGUUGCGGUUUGGAUUGUCUCGUUAUUUCAAGUCGUUGGGCUCACUUCAUUCUGUAAUAUCCCCUUCAAUCAGCUCACUCUGGCUGGGUGCUUGCUGGCCUCAUUAUACCCGGCGGUGUUCUUGUCCUUGAACAAAGUCGACGUUCCAUUAAUCAACACCCCGCAAAUUCAACUUGGCCUGGCUCUUGUUUGUUUUUGUCCGCUGAUUUUUCUCCUCUGCUCGCCAUUUUCGGCAAUUUCAAGCUAUUUUGGAGCUCCUCUUUCAUUCGGCGUACUAGUUGCAAUGUUGAACUCCUCCUUGGUCGCGCACUUGAUCGGAUCAGAAAAAGUUGUCAUCUCUUUCGAUUUUGCCGCGAAAGUCAGCCACCAAAUAUUCAACAUCAACCUCAGCGAAGACGACCGCAAAGUGCUUAAUUCGCUGAUAGUGACUCCAAAGAAAACGCUCCAUCUUGUUGAGCCACCUUUGGAGGCCACUUCUAGCUCGCUGGAUCGAGAUCUGAGUACUUCCGAGUCCAGCUUAUCGUGA